GCCACAAGCUAACACUAUUUCGGUCAACAAAUUAUGCAGCUGUGAAUCAAUAAAUGACCCUUGUUGUCUUUAUAGCAAGCACAUGCCUCCCUGCCUAGAACUGACUAAACAGAGGGUUUAUUAAGCAACGUCAGAGGGCAGGCAACAAAUACUGUGAUUUGUAAAGUGUUGUAAAAUGAAAUGGCUGUUUGACAAAUCAAAGCAGAUUCUGGACCUGAGCAGGUGGGGGUUGACGUCUUUGUUUAAAGGCAACUGGUGGUGAUAGCAUGCAACCGAAUUUCCCUUGACUAAACUAGUUUGCUCGUCUUUAACGCUACAGCAACGCGGGAAGUGCACAAACUCAACUUGUCAAGUUCUUGUUACAAUGACUCUCUCGUACUCAUCAACACCAGUUGCGGUACUGUUAUAACUAAGUGCAAUUGUGUCACUGUCCACAAGGUAGCGUCCAUACCCAUCAGCUGUCAGAUUGUCGCAGAAUGUCCAGAUUUUUGCCUCAUAUUUUGAUCAUUUCAUUGGUCUUCUUUGCGUUUCAAUUGGAUUUCUCACUGGGAUUUUCAUCAGGUCGUGUCAGAAGAUUCGAUGAAUGGGAUGAAAGUUCGGAUUCAGAGCCCGCCCUUUCAGAUUCCCCUUGGAUUAACACCUCUGGAUCUUGCAGAGGAAGAUGCUUUGAACUCCAGGAAGUAGAGCCGCCUACAUGUAGGUGUGACAACUUGUGCAAGACAUUCGACAGCUGUUGUUCAGACUUUGAUACCCUCUGUUUGAGAACAGGUCCCAGCUGGACAUGUAACAAAGAGCGCUGUGGAGAACGAAGAAACGAGUCAUAUGCUUGCCACUGUUCUGAUGAUUGCAUGACUAGAGGAGACUGCUGUACCAACUACUAUGUUGCCUGCAAAGUAUGUGUGCCUCAAAACGGUAUCAUUAAGUGUCUGUAAAAGCAGUGAAGAAAG